AUGAAUAAGAGGCGUACGUUUCUAAAGAAACUGUGGUGCUGGUCGUUAAGGGAUUCAUGUCAAGUCGUUAAGGAAGCGAAAUCUAUUUUCAACUCUUGCAUCGGGUCAUACUCACUAGAGGCUGAAGAUAAAACGGAGUUAUAUCGGCCAAGAUGGCUUCCACUUUCAUCGUCACAGAAUACCUCAGCUGAAACAUUGAACAAGGUCUGCCCCAGGCCCUGGCGUUACUUUACAGCAGAGCAAACCGAAAGCCUUCCUUUCUGGGGAAGACUUUAUCCUCUCUACAGUCAAGGUGGUUACCUAGCAGAACUGGGUUACGACAGAAAGUCUGCCACGAAAGUCAUUUCUGAGCUGAACAUCUUUAACUGGUUUGACAAGUACACUAGUAUUGUAUUGAUUGAAUUUGCAAUUUUCAACCCUCAUGUCAGUCUGUUUAGUGCAGUUUGGAUCCCGGUGGAGUUCUCACCAUCUGGCUAUGUGGCUUCUGGUCAUGUGAUUCACCCCCUUCUCGUGUACAACGUUGGAGCUGGCUAUAGUGUCGCUCAUCUUGUUUUUCAGAUAUUGUUCAUGUUGUUUAUUGUUUACUUUUUCUUCAAAGAAACCAAAGAGAUGAUUCAACAACCAAAACACUACUUCCGUCGAUUUCUGAAUUGGAUUGAACUGGCUCAGAUCUUUGCAGCAAUUUCCUUUGCAGUCGUUCAUAUCUUUAAAGAGGUAGAACUCUCUGUUAACACGACUAAACUUCAUGGAAAUGUCUUCCAGUUUAUAAGCUUUGAUAGAGCAGUCUUACUCGAUGAUAUGGAGACAGCAUUCUUGGCUUUAUUAAUGUUUUUCAACACUUUGAAGUUGCUGUAUUUGCUCAGAUUUAAUAGUCAUGUUAAACGUUUGUCUGAUGUCACGAAGGCGUCUUUCCUGGAACUCGUAAACUGCUCAAUAGGAUUUUAUGUCUUCAUGUUCGCCUUCACUCAUUUUGGAUUCAUUCAAUUUGGAAGGGAGGUGGAGGAGUAUUCCUCGCUCUCCAGUGCUUUCCAGUCCCUUCUCAUCCAGGGAGUUUUAAGCGUCAGGACUGAAUAUCUUCAAGAUUGUCAUGAUGUCAUAGGUCCUCUUUUCUUCAUAAGUUUCAACAUGUGUCUACAAGUAAUAUGGGUUAACAUCUUUAUCGCCAUUCUUAUUUAUGAUUACCGAACCGCUACGCAGUUCUCCAAAGGACGAUUUAGCCUCGGGAGGUUUAUGAUAAGGAAAAUCAAGGAGACUCUGCUUUGCAUAGGAGAUGGGAAAUCAUCUCAUAAGGGACUGGACAGCAACAGGAAGAAAAGGGUGCACUGGAAAAACGAAAACAACAACAAGGACAUCUGUAACAGCAAAAGAACCCACGGCAAGUCCCAGAAUGCUUUUUCAAAAGAGUUAGACCGGUGUAUCACCCUGAUGAGUCUAAAGUUCAAUUACCUCUACAUUGACGAGUUUAUUGAAGACAUUGAGGACAUCGAAUUAUUGAACCUGUGGGCGGACGCUUGUGCGCGUAGAAGGAAUGUACCUGAGAAGAGGAGGGCUGGUACCCAAUCAGACGAAGUUGUGCAAACGAAGAAAAUGAAGAGUCGAGCACCUUAA